AUGGAGGACGACGGCGCUCUAACCCUAGAGGAUAUUUGGAAGAUUCGCUCCAACGGCACUCCGAAGGGCUCCUACAGAUUGCCCAACAUGGAUGUGAUGGAUCUUUCUCUGAUCUGUUUCGAUCCAAGCGAACCCCGCAGCUCCAUUAUCUACUCCUUCGAAGCUUUUCUGGAGAACCCCUUCAUCUUCUCCCUCCCCACCGUCAUGCUGCAGAUCAUCCUCAUGACCGUCACCACCCGCAUCAUCUACUACCUCCUCCGCCCCAUCAACCAGCCCCGCAUCGUCUGUGACAUCUUGUCCGGCAUCCUCUUAAGCCCGGAGGUGAUCGGCCGGACGCACCGCAAGUACAGAUACGUCUUCUACCCUCAGAAAGAAGUGGUUUUUAACAGAACGCUCGCCGCAUUCGGUCUGAUGUUCUAUCUCUUCCUCAUCGGCGUCAAGAUGGAUCCGAAGAUCGUCUUAAAAUCCGGCAAGAAAGCUCGCUUCAUCGGAGUACUCAGCACAGUCAUUCCUUUCAGUCUGGUCGGCGCCACCACCUUCUUCCUCCGCUCGUCCCUCAGCUCCAACAUCGCGCGCGGCAAAUUCCUUGUCUUCCUCGUGGCCUCCCUGUCCCUCACCGGCUUCCCUGUCCUCGCCGACAUCCUCAACGAGCUCAACCUCCUCAACUCCGAGCUCGGCCGGCUCGCCAUGUCGAUGUCGAUGGUGCACGGCAUCUUUGGCUGGUUCUUCCUGGCGCUUUUCACGGCGAUGAGCCAAAGCCAGGGAGGGUGGGACAAGUCGGCAUGGGCGAUGGCGUCGCUGGUGGUCAUGGUGUGCGUCAUUGUUUUCGGAUUUUUCGGAUUCCGGCGUUGGGUGCUGUCGAUCGUGCGGCGGACGCCGAAGGGGGAGAGGCGAGGUGUUGGGGGCGUCAUUCCUGGUUGGACCGUUGAUAAUGGGGUUGGUGGUGCCGGACGGGCCGCCGCUGGGGAGGGAUUUGGUGGACAGGAUUGGGAAUGUGGCGGGGGAGGUGUUGAUGCCGCUGCUGUAUACAGUGGCGGGAUCGGUGAUUUCGCCGGGGGUGGUGCUGCAUUUGAAGGCGUGGAGGGUGCUGAUUGUGGUGGUGGUGUGGUGGUGGUGGCGUGGCUGUCCAAGUUGCUGGCCACCAUGGGGCCGGCGAUGUACUGCGGGUUUUCGCUGCGGAAGGCCUUCUUGUUGGGGCUUAUUAUGAAUUUUCAGGGGGUUCUGGACUUGAUUACUUACAUGAAUUUCAAGAAUGGGACUCUGCUGGAAGAGGAGAGCUACACAUUACUGGUAUUCGCCAUCGUCUUCAUCACCUCCGUCGCGACUCCGUUGGUGAAGCGUCUCUACAACCCCCUCGGCCAUGAUGAGCUCGUCGGCCGGCGAGGCAUCCAACACCUUCGACCUAACGCAGAGCUGCGAGUCUUAGCUUGUCUGCUCAACGAAGACCACAUCCCCAGCACAUUGGGCCUCUUUGAAGCCUCAUGUCCGGCACAAGAGACUCCUAUGUGCGUCUACGUUCUCCACCUGGUGGAGCUGACGGGCAGGGCUAGCUCCACCGUCAUUGCCCAUAGGAACAAGAAGGGGUUCAUCAAUCCCAGCAAAAUGGACCGGCUGCACAACGCAUUCAUCAACUAUGAGCAGGAGAAGAAGGGGAUCGUCGCUGUCCAGCCCUUCACGGCCAUCGCACCUCUCAAGGCCAUGCAUCAGGACAUCUGCUCCCUCGCAGCUGAUAAAAGCGUCGCCAUCAUCAUCCUCCCCUUGCCCCGCAGUGAUGCCACCGGUGGGUUCAGGGAUCAGGACCACGCCUUCCGGAGCAACAUUCCCCACAUCCUCUCCAAGGCGCCGUGCUCGGUGGGGCUUCUGGUGCACAUGGGCUUAACCGUCACAGCGGUUUCGACGCCGCCGAACUCUCGGCAUCACGUCGGACUACUCUUCUGGGGAGGUCCCGACGACCGCGAGGCUCUCUCCUAUGCGGCUCGCAUGGUGCGCAACGAAGGCGUAACCCUAAAUGUCACCAGGUUCCUUCCAUGGCGCUCCGCGGCAUCGACCGAAAGGGAGGCGCAGAUGGACGGCGACUUAAUAGAGGAUUUCAGAAAGGAAAACAGCGGCAACCUGCGGGUACUGAUGAAUGAGGUUUCCGUGAGCGACAUGGAGCAGACGAUUGCGGCCAUACGAAACUUCAGCCACGCGGGUUACGAUCUCGUAAUGGUCGGUCGGCGGCUUUCAUGGAACUCAAUACUGAAUGAUGAGUUGGAGGAGUGGAGCGAGUUUCCGGAGCUGGGGGUCGUCGGCGACAUGAUCGCCUCGGCUGAUUUUGAGUCGGACUUUUUUAUUCUUGUGGUGCAGCAGAGGGCUUGAAUUAGGGUUUUGGGUUACUGCGGUAGGUAUUAUCAGAUCACUACUGUGUCUUUGGCUUAUAUUCUUUACAUUUUGUUUAUUAGGAGGAAAUUUUACACCGUAUGUCUGGACGGCCAAUC